AUGGCGGUUUGUGCUGGUGCCUACAAUCUCCUUCACAACCACAACCAGUUGAUGUGCGGCGGCAAGCAAAGGGAAUAUUGGAUUAGGGGCCCUCUGUUAGGAGAAGGGAGCUAUGGCCGUGUUUACAAGGCCACUCUCAUUAACUCAUCAUCAUCCUUCAUAGCCGUGAAAACAUCUCUUUCAGAAACACUCCGCAAAGAGUUUGAGAUUUUGGUUCGUCUCUACGACUGCCCUCAUGUGAUCCGGUGCCUCGGCUACCACACCACACAAGAAUAUUACGACGGCCGCUUUUUGGUUUCUAAUAAUCUGCUUUUGGAGUAUGCAUCCGGUGGGACUCUGCUCGACAGGAUUGAGAAAUCGGGAGGCCGAUUGCCCGAAAUGGAAGUGAGGGCCCACACCAAGUCCAUCCUCAGAGGUCUCCGUCACAUUCACGGCCUCGGUUUUGUGCACUGCGAUUUGAAGCCCGAAAAUGUGCUGCUCGUGGCCGAAAACGACGGAAACUUGACGGCCAAAAUAAGUGAUUUUGGGCUUUCGAAAGAGAGGAGGACGGUACCUUAUGUGUGUGGUACGCGUGCGUAUUUGUCGCCUGAGGCCGAGUUGUACGGGACGCAAGAGGAGCCUUCUGAUGUGUGGGCUCUCGGUUGUGUCGUGCUCGAGAUGUUGGUGGGCCCGGAUAAUGCGUGGGGAGGGGCAAAAGAGGAAAUUCUUGCGUUGAUUAUUGGCCGAAAGAUGAUUUCAGAGGAUGCAGGGGAUUUUCUCAAGUGUUGUUUCACGAGUGAUCCGGAUCGAAGGCCCACUGCCGAAUCCCUCUUGCUGCAUUCCUUUGUCGACGACUACGCCAAACAUCUGUUUUCGUCGGCUAACGCAAGUUUGAUGUGCGGCGGAAAGCAAAGGGAAUACGGAGAAGGGGUUGAUUGGAUUAGGGGCCCUCUGUUAGGAGAAGGGAGCUAUGGCCGUGUUUACAAGGCCACUCUCAUUAACUCAUCAUCAUCCUUCAUAGCCGUGAAAACAUCUCUUUCAGAAACACUCCGCAAAGAGUUUGAGAUUUUGGUUCGCCUCUACGACUGCCCUCACGUGAUCCGGUGCCUCGGCUACCACACGACACAAGAAUAUUACGACGGCCGCUUUUUGGUUUCUAAUAAUCUGCUUUUGGAGUAUGCAUCCGGUGGGACUCUGCUCGACAGGAUUGAGAAAUCGGGAGGCCGAUUGCCCGAAAUGGAAGUGAGGGCCCACACAAAGUCCAUCCUGAGAGGUCUCCGUCACAUUCACGGUCUCGGUUUAGUGCACUGUGAUUUGAAGCCCGAAAACGUGCUGCUCGUGGCCGAAAACGACGGAAACUUGACGGCCAAAAUAAGUGAUUUUGGGCUUUCGAAAGAGAGGGGGACGAUACCUUAUGUUUGUGGUACGCGUGCGUAUUUGUCGCCUGAGGCCGAGUUGUACGGGACGCAGGAGGAGCCUUCUGAUGUGUGGGCCCUCGGUUGUGUCGUGCUCGAGAUGUUGGUGGGGCCGGAUAAUGCGUGGGGAGGGGCAAAAGAGGAAAUUCUUGCGUUGAUUAUUGGCCGAAAGAUGAUUUCAGAGGAUGCAGGGGAUUUUCUCAAGUGUUGUUUCACGAGUGAUCCGGAUCGAAGGCCCACUGCCAAAUCCCUCUUGCUGCAUUCCUUUGUUGACGACUACGCCAAACAUCUGUUUUCGUCGGCUAACGCAAGCGUUGAAGAUGCUGAAUAUGGGUUUACUCCGCCUCCACACGCUCUCACUCCUCCGCCCCAGAAACAAACCCAAGCAGAAUCUCAACUCCACGCCCACCAACUGGAACACCACCACACCUUCGUCCUCUCCAACCCCAUUCUCCUCCUCCUCGAGACCAAAUGCCGAUCCAUGCCCCACCUCAUGCAGAUCCACGCCCGCAUGACCGUCGCCGGACUCUCCUCCGACCCGCUCGCCCACAGCCGCCUCGUCGCUUUCUGUGCCCUCUCCCCCACCGGCGAUCUCGAUUACUCCAAAAGACUGUUGAUUUCAACCAUCAACCACAACGCGUUUUCAUGGAACAUUGUCAUUAGAGCCGCCUGCGACGGCCAUAAUCCGGCCGAAACUUUUCUCCUCUACAAACAGAUGUUGGGUGUUGGUAAUUUCGGAUCUAGACCCGAUAACUACACUUACCCUUUACUCUUCAAGACCUGCGCCAGGCUGUUGCUUUUCGAUGUGGGUCGUCAGGUUCUCGUCCAUUGUUCGGUGAAGCAUAGAAACGAGAGGCUUGGCGGUUUUGUGACUUUCGUUAAUGGAGAACGG